GUCUAUUUUACUGACCAGCGACAGAAGUGCUUGCGAGGCGUGAAGAACGACGUUACAAAACCAUGGACGCAGUAUACCGCACGAAGAACGGGGGGAAUGGGAAACAGGGCUCCAUGUACCUGGAGGAGCAGGCCACCAAGGCAGGGGUGCUCUCCUGCAUUUUCUCCCUGAAGGAGGAAGUAGGGGCACUGGCCAAAGCCCUGAGAUUGUUUGAGGAGAAAGGCAUAAACCUGAUGCACAUCGAGUCACGCCCGUCGCGCAUGAACAAGGAGGAGUUUGAGUUCUUCGUCAGUGUGGACACCACCUGCUCCAAGGCCCUGGACGAGGUCAUCAACGGCCUCCGCACACAGAUCAGCGGACAAGUGCACGAGCUCUCCCGCAGCAAGAAGAGCGACACAGUGCCUUGGUUUCCAAAGCAGAUUCAGGAACUGGACCGCUUCGCCAACCAGAUCCUGAGCUACGGGUCGGAGCUGGACUCAGACCAUCCUGGCUUCAUAGACCCAGUGUACAGAGCCCGGAGGAAGGAGUUCGCCGAUAUCGCCUACAACUACAAACACGGAGAGCCCAUCCCUCGGGUGGAGUACACGGAGGACGAGAAAAAGACGUGGGGGGUGGUGUUUCGGGAGCUGAAGACCCUGUACCCCAAGUACGCCUGUCGGGAGCACAACCGCGUCUUCCCCCUGCUGGAGAAGUACUGCGGCUACAGGCAGGACAACAUCCCCCAGCUGGAGGAUAUCUCCCGCUACCUGCGCUCGUGUACAGGAUUCAGACUCCGCCCCGUUGCCGGGCUGCUCUCCUCCCGUGACUUCCUGGCGGGUCUGGCGUUCCGGGUGUUCCACUCCACACAGUACAUCCGCCACGGGUCCCAGCCCAUGUACACGCCUGAGCCGGACAUCUGUCAUGAACUUCUGGGACACGUGCCACUGUUUGCAGACCCUGGCUUUGCCCAGUUCUCACAGGAAAUUGGUCUGGCAUCCCUCGGAGCCCCAGACAACUUCAUUGAAAAACUGGCCACCGUGUACUGGUUCACGGUGGAGUUUGGGCUGUGUAAGCAGGGGUCCGAGAUCAGGGCCUACGGGGCCGGUCUGCUGUCGUCCUUUGGAGAGCUGCAGUACUGCUUGUCAGACAAGCCCAAGAUCUUGCCGUUCGACCCGGAGAAGACCAGCGUGCAGAAGUACCCCAUCACGGAGUUUCAGCCCAUCUAUUUCGUAGCCGAGAGCUUUGAGGACGCGAAAGAAAAAGUCAGGCGAUUCUCCACCUCCAUCCCCCGGCCCUUCUCAGUGCGCUACAACGCCUACACCCAGAGCAUCGAGGUGCUGGACAGCACCCAGCAGCUCCGCAACCUGGCCAGCUGGAUCAGCAGUGAUAUGGGGAUCCUGUGCAAUGCCCUGCAGAAGAUGGACUAGGGAACACCAGGAAGGAAGACUUUCACUUCGUCUGAGAAAUUCUGUCUAGCUAUCAGCCAAGUCUCACCUCCAUACAGCUCAGCAACUCUAUGUGUUCAGUAUAUAUUACACUAAAAAAAAGAAAAAGAAAAGUCAAACACGUAUUUUAGUCUUAUAUUUAGACUUUGAUUAUUUUUUUGAUAAAUAAGACAAAAGAUUUGCCAAUGAGGUCAGAUAGUUGCCAGUGUGGUAGGAACAUUUCCACUUGUCAAGCUAACGGCAACUUAAAACAAACUAAUAUUCUUUACUUAAGAGAAAAAAUAAGACUUCUCUUAAAUAAGUCUCUCUUUUGAACAUGCAUGCAUAGUUUUUAUGACAAUGCAGAUUAGUUAUUAUUGUAAAAACAUAUUUUGAACUAUAUUUCAUUGACUGAUGGCUUCCUUUGUAAUAAAGAACCAAAAUAUUUGGUGGGCAUAAGAAAUAUUUGAAUUGUGUUCUAAGUUAACCAGAUGUAACCGUUUCUAAAAUGUGCAAAAUGUGAGGAGCAGAACUUAGUCACAUCUCUGAGAAAGAUAUCAUUUUUUGAAUCAGAACAAUUUUUCCUUCGAAGGCAAUUUGUCAUUACAUUAUUUGUUUCAAGAAAAUAUCAAGAACAUAUUUUGCAACCUGGAAUCACCUAUAAAAUCGCUUUUCAUAAGUCAAAAUCGCUUUUCAAAAGGGUCUGGAAAUUAAACCUACAUUUUAUUGUAAAAUCUUGAUACUAUGAAAAUGGUUGAUGUGUAUUUAGGAGUGAAAGACCAGCUAUGACCUAACAUGGCAGCAAAGCCUCAAAUUGUUUAUGGCUAUGAGAAUAUUAUUUUAAUUCAGCCAGUAUUAAAUGCAUAAAUAACCCUAUCUUUAUCUCCGGUAGAAGACGCAUGUAUUGUAAUAUAAAUGACCAGAAAUCUUCUCAUUAACUGAGCCAGAUUGAUGUCUUCAAAAUGUUGUAUAAAAAUGCAUCUGAAAUAAAGUUGUUGGAGCUCUGGA